UCACCUCAAAUAGAAUUCGAAACUCGAGAUUUUGCCGCACGUAGCUAUUGAAAAAUAUUAAAAAACAACAUCUGACAAAGAUGACCAAAUGCGCCAGCCUUUUCGCAAAGCAUCCGUAUAUAUUGCGCUUCUACUAAUACUCGAGGCUGUCACCGGGUUCCUGAUCAUAAUCGUAACUGCCAUUUAUCAAACGAUUUUGUCCAACUAUCUGGAGGACAUUGAUCGCCGCUUGCUAUUCAGCUAUCUGUUCAACGUGUACAUUCUGGGCGCCCAGCUGGUUGUUACGUUCCUUUGCAGUUUGUCCUUGUGGAAUCGUUUGUGGAAGAGACGCUGCACGCCCAACGUUCGAUUGAUGGUGUCCGUUUGGCUAUUUUAUUCCUGCGUAAUUAUCGCAUCGGGCUUUGGCACCGUGUGGAAUCUAUACUAUAACAUCGAUGUACUGGAAAACUCGGCGGAGAACUCGCUGCUGCGCGGCAUUGACGAGUAUUACACAUCCCCGGAGUGGAAGCUGCUGUGGGACGGACUGCAGCUACGGAAGCAGUGCUGUGGCGUCUACAACUACAAGGACUGGAUGAAUGCCGAGUGGAUGCCCAAACAGGCUCAGGCGGGCAACACGACGUAUCGCACCAAGGCGGUCCUAGCUCCAAUUGCCUGCACCAAGAAGAUCUCCGAUAACUCCAAUUGUGCGCCCAACUUUGCGAUGAGUCAGGAGGAGUACGACAGCCACAAGCGGGCGCCUUUCCCGUCGCUCACAGUUGAUUCCAUCAACACGAACGGAUGCCUGGCCAUGUUUUCGGAAUCGCUGUGGCGAUACUUCUACAUCCUGCUGCUGCUGGCCCUUAUGGCCUUAAAGUUCCUGAUAUUUCUGUGCUGCUUCACCAAGUACAUACUGCAGCGCCAGAAUGUGGGCGAUGGCUGUGAUGUGGGCCUGACCGACGAGGAGGGACGUCCGCUGGUCAUGGUGAAGUAUCCGCGGAACGUGCGUUGCAUUACAAUUGGCGAGGAUGAUCUGGCAUCCGAUAUGGCGCCUGAGGCCACAUAUUGCAAUUGUGAGGAGGGAGUUGAGACCUGUGACUACUGCGAAGGUUAAAGAAACGUUAUGUUAUCCAUAUAUAUAUUAUAUAUUUUUUAAUUGCUUGAUUU